AUGGUUCCAGAACUUGGUGAGGGCUACUUGUCUAUGGAGACUGCCCAGGACAUUUGGGAGGCUGUGGCUGUUACCUAUUCCCGCAAAGGAAAUUUUUCACAGGCAUUUGAGUUGCGUCGCUCUAUUGAGAGCACACUUCAGGGGGAGCAGACUGUUCUUCAGUACUUCACUUUCCUCACCAACGGCUGGAAACGCCUUGACCACCUGGAAGACUAUAAGCCCGUUUGCCCCACUGAUUCUAUCGGGUAUAAGAAGUUUAUCGCACGGGAACGGGUCUUUAAAUUUUUGGCUGGCCUAAAUAUGGAGUAUGAUCCAGUUAGGGGUCGAGUUCUGAGUAUGGACACUCUUCCUUCACUGCAAGAGGCAUUUGCCUAUGUCCAAAAUGAGGAGAGUCGUCGGUCUGCUAUGAUGUCCCCUGUCUCUACUGACCGUUCCGCAUUACUGUCUACUCCUCGAGAUAGCCUCAGCCUGCCUCCUCCGUCUGCUGCUAAGGAGUCUGUAUUCUGUGAUUAUUGCAAAAAGCCGCGAGACGAGAUCUUACUUCCGGGGAAUCGAUGUGAACCUCCGGCCGCCUCUACGGCUGUAGAGUGUGAGGAGGAGGUGGGUGUGUCGUCGCCGAACAGCACGGUGUCGAGCGUGAGCGUUAAGAGGAGCGAGAGAGAGGAAAACGACGGCGGCUGCGGCGGAGGAGAGAGGGGAUGGGGAACUUCUCACGGUGGCGGAGGAAGCGAGGAGGACGACGGCGGGGAGAUGGCGAGGAAGAAGCUGAGGCUAUCGAAGGAGCAGGCGGCGGUGCUGGAAGAAACCUUCAAGGAGCACAACACUCUCAAUCCUUCUGAACCAGAGAGGGAGAGUGAGAGAAAGAGAAAGAGAGAGAGAGAGAAGAGAGGUCGCCGGUCGUCGGCCCAGCCCCGGUCUCAUACAGCAGCUCCGACGUCGCAGCCAAUAGGUGAGAAGUUCGAUGAAGCUAAAAAUGCCGGAGCUGAUCUGGUUGGUGGAGAGGAGUUGAUAGGCCAGAUAAAAGGAGGAUUCAUGGAAUUUGAUAAAUUAAUUGCUACUCCAGAUAUGAUGCCCAAGGUUGCCCAACUAGGAAAGAUUUUGGGUCCUUGUGGACUCAUGCCAAAUCCAAAAGCUGGUACUGUUACAACUAAUUUACCUCAGGCCAUAGAGGAAUUCAAGAAGGGCAAAGUUGAAUACAGAGCAGAUAAAACUGGGAUCGUUCACUUACCCUUUGGAAAGUCAGAUUUUUCUGAGGAAGAUCUUCUCGUGAACUUGCUUGCUGCAGUAAAAUCAGUAGAAACAAACAAGCCAUCUGGUGCAAAAGGAGUAUACUGGAAAAGUGCACAUAUAUGCUCAUCAAUGGGGCCUUCCAUUCGGUUAAAUAUAAGGGAAAUGCUUGAUUUCAAGCCUGCGACUUUGAAUGUUUAAGGAAAUCUAAAUACACAUGUAAAUUAUAUCUUCUAAACUAUUCAGGUAGCUUCUUGGUUUCCUCCACAGAGACUUGUGAAUGUUUGAAAAGGGUAGGACACAAGCUGAGUUGAAUAUGAUGGGGAGGUAUUCAGAUUCACGUUUGCAUUUACAAAGAGCAUUGCAUUGGCUUCUGUAUGCCAGUUGUAUCAAAGUCUUGUAUUGGUAUCACGAACUUUUUUUUACUUUAUUUU